AUGAGUUCAGAAAACUCUGAUUCUGGAACAAGUAUCGGUCUUUCUUUAGUUGCCCAGUUUGACGAUAUAAAUCGUUUAAAUAAUGUGCUUAACGAUGGUGCCACGGAGGAGUGUUUUCUAGCCUUCCUAAAGCAGAUAGAAUGGGUACGGUGCCAGUGGGCUGCAGCAGAAGCAGAAGCAGUCAGGCUGCAGAAGGAAUUAGAUGAGGCUCAUCGAACUCUUGCUAAAUCAGAAGCCAAAUUUGCACAUGUAAGAAAAAUGUUGGAUGGAGAGAAGAGGGAGAAAAAUAUUUAUUUAAAGAAGUAUAAUGAGCAGAGCAAACUGUUGGAUAUGGCGCGAGACCUUCUCUUCAAUGAUAAUCGUGCCAAAUUGAAUGAUGAAACUUUACAAAAGCUGGCGUUCCUUAAUGGCACUGCCCAACAAGAUCACAAUGCAAAACUAACAGGUGUUCCAGAGCUCAACUCCACUGGUACUCUUCUGUCAGAAAUGUCGUACUCACGAUCUGAGGAUGAUCUGGACUUAUCGUUGGCGUCUACUCGUCGCUCGUGGGUCCAGCGAGGAGGCUGGGCGGCUCGUGAUCAACCACCAGCCACAAAGAAGAGACGCUCCUCUACAUCCUCAGCUACUAAGACAGUGGAAUUACACGGUGGUAAAGUGUUGGCCACUGCUACCACUACAUUGAAAUUGGAGCGCGCGCCGACCUGUCAGGAUCUCAAACCGCCUCAUAAUUUCCAACCGAUAUCGGAAAGUAGCGACGAGGCUCCUCCUCCCCGCAAGUCUUCGGGCCGCCGUUCCAACUCGCACCCGCACCCGAUAGAAGUACACUGUACGCCCUCUGCACCACCCAAAUCCGAAACGGACAGUAUCUCGGAUACACCCAUACGGCAGUGUGGGACUCCGCGAGCGCCGCCGCAACGGACGCCGUCGCUCGUUUCUUCGCCGCGUACCCGUCUUCGACAACACAACUUCGUCGCCAAGAACUUCUACAAGCGAGAGACUUGCGGCCCCUGUGGAAAAACCAUAAAGUUCGCGAAGGUGGGUGUGAAGUGCGAGUGGUGCCGCGCGCAGGCGCACCCCGAGUGCCGCGCGCUGCUGCCGCUGCCCUGCGUGCCGCCCGGCCGCGCGCCGCCUCACCAGGAUGGUAGUAUAGCGGACUUCGCUCCGAGCACACCGCCCAUGGUUCCGGCUCUGCUCGUGCACUGCGUCAAUGAAGUAGAAAAACGCGGUCUAACUGAACGUGGUAUAUACCGUAUCAGUGCCGUCGACAAGGAUGUCAAACGGCUUAAGGAGCGGUUCCUGCGCGGCUGCGGGUCGCCGCAGCUGGCGGGCGAGGACAUCCACGUGCUGUGCGGCUGCAUCAAGGACUUCCUGCGCUCCCUGCGCGAGCCGCUGGUGUCGGCGGCGCUGUGGGCCGACUUCAUGGCGGCGGCGCGCCUGCCCGACGCGGGCGACGCCACGGCCGCCGUGGUGCAGGCCGUCAGCCAGCUGCCGCAGCCCAACCGCGACACGCUCGCCUUCCUCGUGCUGCACCUGCAGAAGGUUGCUGAGAGUCCAGAAUGCGAGAUGGGGAUAGAAAACCUGGCAAAAAUCUUCGGCCCAACUAUCGUGGGCUACGGUAUGAUGACGCAGGCGGCUGAAAUGUACAGCGCCACUGCACAAAUGUUCAAUGUGAUGCAGCUGCUGCUGCGGCUGCCGGGCGACUACUGGGCGCAGUGGGCCUGCCCGCCCGACCCCGCGCUGCCCACGCCCACCAAGCCCAGGGGGUUCUUCUUCUCGCCGGCCGACACCGGGAUCUCGAGGAAGAAAAGAAAUUACUUUCAGUGA